AUGGAGUGCAAUAGAGAUGAAGCUACAAGGGCUAAAGAAAUUGCUGAAUCUAAGUUCUCUAGAAAGGACAUAACGGGGGCCAAGAAAUUUGCUUUAAAGGCCCAAACUUUGUAUCCAGGUCUUGAUGGAAUUUCCCAACUUAUAGCAGUUCUAGAUGUGUAUGUUGCUGCUGAACACAAAAUAAAUGGUGAAUUGGAUUUUUAUGGGAUUCUUGGUGUGAGCCCAUUAGCAGAUGAUAAGACUGUGAGGAAACAUUACAGAGAACUAGCUUUAUCUCUUCAUCCAGACAAGAACAAGUCCACAGGGGCAGAUGGGGCGUUUAAAUAUAUUUCUGAAGCUUUCAGUAUUCUAUCUGAUAAAGAAAAAAGAUCAACAUAUGACCAUAAGAGAAACGGUAGAGGUUAUGGUUUUAAACAGGCUCAAAACAAUGGUUCACGGGCCCCACCGCCACACGGGCAGAACGGUUUUCACAAUUUUACAAGGAGUGCUCCUGCUCAAGCCCAACAAACAAAGGUUACACCUGCCCAACAAACAAAAGUUCAAUCUGCCCGAACAAAGGUUACUCCUGCCCAAACAAAGGAUACGAGUAGGACUAAUUCUUCUUCAGUGGAUGAUGUUAAUCCCACCAUGAAAACAUUUCCCACAUCUGUUCAUUUAUCAUCUGAUAAACAGAUGCCAAUACCCAAGACGUUUUGGACAGUAUGCAAGAGAUGUAAAUUGCAAUAUGAAUUUGUGAGAAUGUAUUUGAACCGAAAUCUUCUAUGUCCCACUUGCCAUGGACCUUUUUUAGCACAAGAGGUCCCACCACCAAAUACAAAAAAAACCUCUUCAGAAGCUCAAGGAGUGAACCCAGGAACAAGUGAGCAGGUGGGUCAUGCUGAUUCAGCUAACCGCUCCACAAGCUCAAAGUGGGCCCCAUUCUUGAAAAAGACAGGUCCUGCUGACGUGGCGCAAGCAGCAAGCAUGGUGCAAGAGGCGUAUGGGAAAGUGAAAAGGGAUAGAGAAGAAGCCCAGGCAGUUACAAAAAGAGAGGAAGCUUUAAGAAGGAAGAUCUCCAAAUGGGCAAACAAAUUGUCAUUUAAAACAAAACAUGAAAAUGAAAUGAAUGAAGUUGAGGAAAAUAAGGAAACCGAAACAUCGAUCUCGGUUGAUGGAAAAAAAGACGUGUCCAAUAAAAGUAACAAGACUCGGUUAAUAAAUAAGGCAACGAUGGAAAUUAAAAAGAAAUUACAUGAAUGGAGCUCAGAAGUUAUUGAUGAUUUGGAAAAUGGAGAUUCGAAGAACGAAAUGGAAAUGUUAGUGAUCGAUGUGCAAGAUUCAGAUUUUCAUGAUUUUGAUGAAGAAAGAAGGGAGAAAUGUUUUAAAAAAGGGCAAGUGUGGGCUGCAUAUGAUGAUCGUGAUGAAAUGCCUAGAUUCUAUGCCAUGAUUCGGGAGGUAGUUUCUUUGGAUCCGUUUAAGAUGAAGAUAUGUUGGCUUAAUCCGGAAGGUUUGUCUCCUGAGUUCUUGGAAGCAUUCGGUGAGUUUAAACCAGGAAAACACGACAUCGUUACAGUUGCUAAUUACUUUUCGCAUAAAGCUAAUUUUAAGAAACAAGAAAACGGGAACAUUUGUGUUUUUCCUACGAAAGGAGACGUGUGUGCUCUAUACAGAAACGACCCGAAACCAGACAUGGAGAAACAAAAUUACGAAAUCGUCCAAGUGGAUGAAUACGAUGAAGAAACGGGAAUUACAGUUACGCCACUUGCCAAAGUUGCUGGGUUUAAAACGGUGUUUCAGAGGCAGCAGAUAAACAGCCGUAGUAAUGGGACAAGGGUAGUUUUGGGAAAUGAAAUGUUUCGAUUUUCUCAUCAAAUACCUUCCUACAUGCUUAAGGGUGAAGAAUCUGAAAAUGCGCCAAAGGGUUGUUGUGAGCUUGAUCCUGCAGCCAUUCCUCCUGAGUUUUUGGAAGUUAUGGGAGAUGAUAAAGAUUGUGUUUUAGCGGAUUUUAAGGAAGGCGAUGACUUGGAAUGUGGUUCCAAGUAG